UCCCGCCUCCUUGAGUCUGUAUUGUGGUUUUGAAAGGCUCAUCCAACCCCGCUCUUUCCCUGUCUUUCCCGCCUCUCUCUUGCUCUAUUUUUUCCUUAAAAUCCCUAAUCUUCAUCCCUUUUUCUAUUAGCACUUCUUCAACCCUCUCUCUCUCUCUCUCUCUUUCAUUCUUCGAUUUGCACGCUUCGCCAUGAACCGCAGAACCAGACCAAGCAUCCCUCACCCCUUCCACAAGUACCUCAAACCCGGCGCGCUCGCCCGCAUCCGCGACUCUCGCAUCAGUGCCAGAUCUCACCGCCUCAACUCCCUCCUCCGCCACCAGAUCUCCCUCCACCGCCCUCCCUCGCCGUCGCCGCUACCCGACUCCAACCAGCCUCAGGCCACCGCCACCGCCGCCGAUACCGGCUUCCCGUUCUUCCUCGCUAGGAUCUACGGCCCGCGCUGCCCGCAGCGGAAGAAGCUCAUGGCCGCCAAGUCCAUCCUCUUCGUUCCCGUCAAUCCCGCCGCCGACUCGCCCGAUCUCGUCAUCGACGAUCUUCUCGUCGUCAAUUGAAUCCUUUCUCUCUCUCAAAAAAGAGAAAAACUGUUCGAUUAUUCUUCUCUUGUUGGAUGUACUAUGUAGAGCGGUUUAGAUGUGCAGGUGUAGCACUAUUGUUUUUGAUUCUGUGAAAAAAAAAAACCUUAUUCAGAUAGACCUGAAAUUAAUAAAGUGAAAUUAAUUUUCCUA